UCCUGUUUGGCUAAUCGAGUCACUCUGGGGUUGUCACUUUGUCACCGAGGCAAAAAACGUUAACAUUCAUGCCAAGCUUCAACAUUCUAAUACUUAACGAUGGAAGGCUUUGUCAUAGCGCACGCCUCUGAAGAAAUCACCCAAAGCGAGCCGGAGAGUUGUCGACCGCCGACAGAGUUGUACCCUUACCUCACGAGUGCGGGGGAUGUUUAUGAAGACUACAGAUGGAGCUACCACACUGAGCACACCCAGCCGGCAGACCUUGACCAUUUUCCCGCGAGUCAGUUCACAGAGCUCCAGUCUGUGGCACCUCCACAGCUGCUUCUUCCCUAUCGCUACAGUGCAGAGAGUCAUCUUCACCUGGAGCAACCUCUUCCUGUGUCGCCACAAAUCUCAAAUUACACCCCGUCACUGUACUAUCAGUACCAGACGUCUGCCUCGCCCGCCCACUACUACUCUGAGGAGGAACAAAGAGGUUUCAGCCCCCCUCUUGAAGUAUCAGAAGGAGAGGAUGUGUCGGAAUACCACGGCCUCCCCACCAUCAAGAAAGAAACGAGCAGCAAGAAAAAAAUCCGCUUGUACCAGUUUAUCUUGGACUUGCUGAGAAGGGGCGACAUGAGUGAUUCUAUCUGGUGGGUGGACCAGGAAAAGGGCAUCUUCCAGUUCUCCACGAAACACAAAGAAGCUCUGGCGAGUCACUGGGGAUUCCAGAAAGGAAAUCGCAAAAAAAUGACCUACCAAAAAAUGGCUCGUGCACUGAGGAACUAUGGUAAAACUGGCGAGAUUCAAAAAGUGAAAAAGAAGCUGACCUACCAGUUUAGUGAGGAAGUUCUAAGGAACUUUUAUUCUCAUCAGUAUACUCACUGAAGAGGCUUUUUUAAUUUCCAAUUUUGUAUUUUUUUUUACAAAUACAUUACACUAUCAAUAUUUUGCCUUAACUUGUCCAAUGUUGUUAUCUUUUAAAGCCUACUAAGCUAUGUACUUUUUGUUGUCAUUUUCAACUCAAUAAAGUUUAUUUAAGUGUACAAA